AUGAGCAUUAUCGAACAAUUCUCUGAUGGCUUUGAAAACCUUUUGAGUGAGAUACUUGGAUGCGGCACCGACAUAAGUAACACCGUAGACACUGGUCAUGACUGUUUGUUUCACGAGCUUUCUGCUAAUGACAUCCUUGACAAUUUCUGCGUCACUCACACCAUCACGCACAUCUUCAUCAACAGAUCGUUGAACAAGAUGAGCAACAUGGGUAUAAACGUCAGAUGGCUUAUCACCUGGCACCAGGUUAACUUGUUUAGCGCCCUCCAUAUCACCACCAAGCGCAGCAUAGUGUUGAAGACCAUUGCAAGUUCCGUCCUGAUGGACUGGCUGAUGCGAAACGAAUUUCGUUGGAUCUUCCAGUUGAUAAGCCCUCUCCAAUUCUAUUGCCGAAGCCAAAAAUUGCCAUGGUUUAUCUGCUUCAACCCACAAUCUAGAACCGUUCCAUGGAUCACGAGCAGAAUCAAAAAUCUUCUCCAUAUUGUCAUCAACAUACUUGACUCUCUCAUCCAAAGGAAGUUUGUCAAAACCAAGAAGGUUACAGACAUGAAUCUUGAGCCAUCUUAA